UAUGUGCACGAUCUCCCCCGACACCGACGGCAGAUCCCUCGCGUCGCAGCGACUCUAGAAGCGCUCGCCGCCAAAACCACGUGAUACGGCGCUGAGCUCGGCGGCGCUCUCCGCUCGCCGCCUCACUCUCUACGAGAUAGUCGAGCUGCACGCACGCCUUCGGCUCUUGUCCCGCGCUGUCUAAGUUUAACCUUUAAUAAUAAAGAUACGCUACGCUCUAUUACUUGAUACACUGUAUUUUCUUCUUUAUUUCGUGCAACCUUAUCGCGUCCGGAUCCUUAUAUACCGACAGGUUAUGGGCCCAGCACGCUUCCACUGCGCGAAUUAGUGAAAAGUGACACGAAAAAAAAAAAAUAGAAGAAAAGCCAAGAGAAGUCGAGACGAGUUGACACCUGUACAAAGACACGAGAACGACCUAAGCUGAGAGACAAAAGAAGGAAGUCACGCAGCCAACAAGCAACACGCCCCGCUGUCCAGAGCCUGAAGGUCAGCACUCGAUUCCCUGGUAAACGGUGAACAAAACAAAGGCAAAAGUCACGAUGGCCGGAAAAUCCUACAAAUGGGCAAACCCGCAAACUGCACCACGUAGCACAAGUACUGACUGGGAUGACAUACGCGCCAAGAUUCUGGAGUACUACGACCUGAAGGACAAAGAACCAAAUGAGAGUUUCUAUCUUCAACUCUACGGCGGAGGCGUUUGGUUAAUGAAUUCUAGGGACGAAACACUCCAACUAGACAUGAACAUCCUCAGUUUGGAAGAAGCAGCCAGACUCCUGGAAGUGUUGAAAGCUACAGAGGAUCGAGUGGUAGGGUUGAGAGGACCCGUAAGCCACUACAGCGACGCAGGGAGAGCAGGAGCCACUACGUCCACGCCCAGGGAUGACGACCAGACAUACAACAUGAAUGAGAUCACCAAGCUGUUGCGUGAGAGCACCAUGACUCAAGUCAAGCUCAGCGAAAGGCUGGUAGAAGGAAUGAAGUCCCUCGUGGAGGAAAAUGCUAAGAUGAAUCAAAACUUCGAAAGGUUCACAACCAAGAUCAGCGGAGAUGUACAGCAACUGAUGAGGUCCAUUGAUAGUCUGAAGCUCAGAGGGCAGGAUGGACAGGCAGUAAAAGAUUGGCAGGAGAAGCCAACUCUUUCAGCCAACAACAAGCCAAGCAUCGUCAGCUGUACACGCCCGGCAGAACCGACCAAGCUGCAUCCACGAGGACGCGGACGUGGCUUUCGACCAGCAAACCGCAAUCCGCUCACGCUUUUGGCUCCUGGACCAAGGGAGUUCGGACCUGCUGAACCCAGGUGCUCGUCCACACUAGUGGCCGACUCGUACGAAUGGAACGAGAAAAAUGAAGUAAGGAGAGAACAGUCGCCAUAUAAAGAUUGGCGCGUUGAAUCCGCCGAACGUCUUGGAAUCGCGCUCGACGAUUUGAAUAUUGACAACUCGAAGCAGAGAACCCCCGAAAAAUCAGCCCUGCUCGGAUUCGCAGAGGAAAGAAACCGUUCCUCUGAUGAAAGACCCAAAAGUAGGGAAAGGCCCAACAAACGGUGCGAGCGAUGUGGUAGCACGGCGCACUUGUCCAAGGACUGCAAGCACGACGAGCCUAAGUGCUUUAACUGCAAUAAGUUCGGGCACAUCGCCGUAGACUGCAGUGAACCAUGGAAAGGGCCACCACGAAAGAGAGCGACUGAUCGCAACAGAAGUAUCUCUCCAAAGAGAAAGCAGAGGAGAGAGCAUAGCAGAUCUCGAUCAAAGUCACCUUUCAGACGACCUGGCACUCCUGCAAAAGGUACGACCAAUACUGAUUCAGUAUGCAUGAAUGUGAGUCUGAAUGAAUGGGACGACGAGACGCAAAAAUUUAUCGUAGAUUCAGGCGCGACAGAUCAUAUGACAAAUUCUAAAUUCAUAUUGACUCAGCUGCACGAAAAGACUGAGCGCGUAAUAGGCUGUGCCAAUAAAGACAAACGAUCUAACAUAACCGCAACCAAUCAAGGCCAAGUUAAAUUCGAACUAUCUAACGGUAACGUAAUAAAACUAGAUAAUGUUGUAUACGCAGAAAAUUUGAGAAAAAACCUGCUGUCACUCAAACGCUUUACAGAUCAGGGCCUGUGCGUGUAUUUAGAUAACAAAACGAUAAACGUUUACGAACCAAAUACGAGAGAAAAGAUUCUAGAAGGAAAGUUUGAGAAUCCAUUCUGGAUAAUCGAUUUAAAGCCAAAAUUAGAUAACAUACAAAAGACGCAUUAG